ACUACCUUACAUCAUCCUUUGUGGGGUUUUAGCAACUUUGUUUUUUCAAACCCAGAGGUUUUUCAUUUCUAUACUUUCACCCAAAAUUAAAUCUGACAACAAUCAAUUCACAUCCUUUUUUCUUGCUUGAUUUCGAAAUUCUUGUAGAAUUUGUACAGAGAAUCACAUCUAGAUCUCUUAUCAGAUUGAAGUGAUAUUUGUGUCACUGGCUCAUUGUACAUGAUCAUCACAUAUUGGCAUGCUACCUGAGGUAUGUCGUCGAAGAAGAGAGUAAGCCAUGGUUUCAGUGGCUAUCGAUUUCCUGUUAUACCAAAAGCUCCUAGAUCAGUUAGAAGGAGACAUUCGCACAAAAACAUAGACAAUGAUCAACUUUGUGCAUUUGAACUAUUGGCGGCUGUUGCUGGUGAACUUCUACAAGAAAGCGAAAGCUCAGCUUGUAGUAAUGCAGCAGUAGGAAAAGAUGAGCUUGCUGAUUGCAGGGCCGGUAUUAAUUGUGAGCAACUCAAAGAAGAUAAAGCUGUGAAAUCAGAGUGCUUAGACCAGGGGAGUUGUGUAGAAAGCGCUUAUAUACCAGAACCUGCAGUGCCAGAGCAGAAUCUCAAGUAUAGUUUGGAUAACUUCAAGGAGGUCAAUAAAGAUGGAAAAUUCCACACUGAAGUAGAAGGCGGAUCCUCUAACCUUGAGGAUGCAUGUGAUAAGAAAGUUGAGACAAGUACUCAAAAACAGUUAGAUGAUAACAACAAGCAGACUAAAGACUUAACUGUGGCUAACUCUUGUAGUGUGAAGGGUCCAACUGAGAAACAUGUGAAUAACAAUGCCGCAAUUAACUCAGACGGUAGUGUACAGUUUCCGUGGUACAGGGCGGUUCGUAGGCCUUCAUUUGGAAAGCAAGGUAACAAUGUAAAGUUAGGUAUUAGAGAUGAUGACGAAAAUUCUUUUGGGUCUUAUAGACACAGCACCAAUAUAAGGGCUUUUAGGAAAACAUCACACAGUGGAUACAGAAGAGUAAGAAAGAUGUUGACAUCCAGACACUGGAAAGUAGCUCCUCAGUUGAAGGACUACGAACGUACAUGUUCCAAUUAUGGAGUGAAGGCCUUUCACCGAAACAGGAAAAGAGUAUGUGCACUGGAAAGACGCCGACUUGAAAUUCCUUCAAAGAGAAGGAAAUUGUGUCACUAUAGCUCCAAUGUUGCUUAUGACCAGCAGGCCAGUAGUAAAAGCAUUUCAAAUUCACCUGAAAAGGGAAUCAAGAGAGACAUUAUCUCACCUAGAGGCGUUGGGGCUUCUGCUUCAGUCAGAAAUCAUCAAAAGAAGGAUCCUAAUGUAAAAUUUAGCAUCAAGUCAUUCAAGGUGCCAGAACUUCUCAUCGAGGUCCCUGAAACUGAAACUGUUGGUUCCCUGAAGAGGACAGUAAUGGAGGCAGUAAGAUCUAUACUUGGAAGUGGAUUACGUGUGGGGAUGGUUCUCCAGGAGACGAAGGUCCAAGAUGACAAUAGUACUCUGCAGAAGGCUGGUAUCUCUCAGAAUGGCAACCUCGAUACGUUGGGUUUUACAUUGGAGCCAAGUUCUUACCCAGUUUCUGCAUCAUUGCAUUCUAAAGAACCUCCUGCUUUGCCACCAUAUGUUGCUGAUCAUGAACUAACUCGGCGGCCACCUAGUCCUGUCUUGGAAUUAGAGCGUCCAAGUACUUCAUCAGAUCCUUCAAAGACUAAGUUGGACAAGCAUGAUGAAGAUUACCAUGAAUUGGCGCUAUCACCUACAAAUCCUAUUAAUCCAACAAGUGAUGUAGCAAUUCCUGAUUCUAGAGCCUUGGUCCUAGUUUCUCCUCUGAAUGCUGAGGCCCCUGGGGGGGUUCCUGUGGGCCCAAAAAAGAGUCGUGCUGAACUUUCACAACGUAGAGCAAGAAGACCAUUCUCAGCUGCAGAAGUAGAAGCUCUAGUUGAAGCUGUGGAGCAGCUUGGAACUGGAAGGUGGCGUGACGUCAAAAUCCGAGCUUUUGAGUAUGCUGACCAUCGAACUUACGUUGACGUGAAGGAUAAAUGGAAGACAUUAGUCCAUACAGCAAGCAUUGCCCCACAACAAAGACGGGGAGAGGCCGUGCCCCAGGAGCUUCUGGACAGGGUCUUAGCUGCCCAUGCCUACUGGUCUAAGCAACACGGGAAACAUCAUGCUGAAGCUCUAAAACUGGUGGAUGCUAAGGUGCAGGCAGGGUCAGCUAUGUGAAUCCUCACUAUCAUGGCCCCUUAGAGAAAAUUUGUUUAAAAUACUGUUAUAGGAAAUGCGAGAAUGAAUUGUAAAGAAAAACUCUUUCCGGUGACUAGUUAACGCGCUCUCACACACUGAUUUUAUUGCCAAGUCUUCCUUUCUGACCGGGAAGGCAGGCAGUAGUUGUAAAUGAUUCAUUGAAUAAAGCAGUUUAACAGGCAAUAGGGAUUUCUUUAUUUCUGUUGGUUCUAUUCUUUCAUGUAAUUGAUUCAAAUGUAUUAUGUACAUUAGAUUGUUUCUGGUAUAAUUUCAAUGUAAUUAGCAGUGUAA